CCUGCAAUGGCGGCCAUCACUUGCUCCGCCACCGACCUCCAGCCACUCCUCGGCCCCAAUGCCACAGCGGCCGCGGAAUACAUCUGUGGCCGCUUCGGUGCCAUGUCAAACAAGUUUGUCGACACGGGCUAUGCAGUUGACAACACGUACCUUCUCUUUUCCGCGUACCUUGUCUUUGCCAUGCAGCUCGGCUUCGCCAUGCUCUGCGCCGGCUUCGUUCGCGCCAAAAACACCAUGAACAUUAUGCUCACCAACGUCCUCGACGCCGCCACCGGCGGCAUCUUCUACUACCUUGUAGGGUUCGCCUUCGCCUAUGGAACUCCCUCCAAUGGCUUCAUCGGCAAGCAAUUCUUUGGCCUCAGCGAUUUUCCUUCCCCUUCUUUUGACUACGGCUUCUUUCUCUACCAAUGGGCCUUUGCCAUUGCCGCUGCCGGAAUCACUAGUGGCUCCAUCGCCGAAAGGACUCAGUUCGUGGCCUAUUUGAUAUACUCAUCUUUCUUGACAGGAUUUGUGUACCCAAUUGUGUCACAUUGGUUUUGGUCUGCCGACGGUUUUGCUAGCCCUGCUCGUGCCGAGAAUCUCUUGUUUGGUUCCGGUGUAAUUGACUUUGCCGGUUCCGGAGUUGUGCACUUGGUCGGAGGCAUUGCCGGAUUGUGGGGUGCCCUGAUAGAGGGGCCUAGGAUCGGCCGGUUUGAUCAUGAAGGCCGGUCCGUGACAAUGCGUGGACAUAGUGGCACAUUGGUUGUGUUGGGAACAUUUUUGUUGUGGUUUGGUUGGUAUGGUUUCAAUGCAGGUUCUUUUAUCAACAUAUUGAAGGUUUAUGGCGAGAGUGGAUCUUCCUAUGGACAAUGGAGCGCUGUGGGACGGACCGCCGUGACAAGUACCUUGGCCGGAUGCGCUGCAGCACUGACUACACUCUUCGGGAAGCGCCUGCUCUCCGGUCACUGGAAUGUCAUUGAUGUGUGCAAUGGCUUGCUUGGCAAGUUUGCAGCUAUCACAUCUGGCUGUUCUGUGGUUGAUCCUUCGGCAGCAAUUAUUUGUGGGAUUAUAGCUGCUUGGGUGUUGAUAGGGUGCAACAUGCUUGCUGAGAAGUUGACGUAUGAUGACCCUUUGGAGGCUGCACAGCUUCAUGGAGGGUGUGGGACUUGGGGGAUUAUAUUCACGACCUUGUUUGCCAAGAAGGCUUAUGUGAACGAGGUAUAUCCGGGGCACCCGGAUAGGCCAUUUGGGUUGUUUAUGGGCGGCGGUGCUAAGCUGUUGGCUGCGCAUUUGGUGCAGAUUGUGGUGGUAGCUGCGUUUGUGAGUGUGACAAUGGGGACAUUGUUUUUCUUGCUGCACAAGUUGAAGCUGUUGAGGAUUUCAUCGGAGGAAGAAAUGGCAGGCGUGGAUGUGACGAGUCAUGGAGGAUUGGCUUAUGUAUAUAGUGAAGAAGGUGCUAUGAAAUCUGGUUAUAUGGCGUCUAAUGGAGGUCCGAAUGUUUGA